CAUCGAAAUACUUUAAUGUAAGAUACGAAUCAAAAUAGUGAUCAAAAACUGGUGGGGAUUUCUACAAUGAUAGAUAAAAAAUGCUGUAAGAAACCAAAUGACGUCAGAACUUGUAUAUAAAUACAUACACAAUUGGUGCCUAAGUUAAACGAUUGCUUAUUAUCACAGCAGUUACCGAUCCCUUAUAUUAGCGAAUCUUCUCUGGAAUCAUAAAAAUAUUUUACAAUGAACGCUGCAAUAAAGACAUCGAUUAUUUUACUACUGGUGACUUGGGGACAGUGUUGUUCACAUGGAAAUUCAAAUAAAAAAAAGAUCAUAGGGCAUGCAGAUGAUCUUGCAUUAUCAAGCACCGUUGUGAGGAUCAUGAAAAAAAUUGAAUGGCCAGUUGAUGGAACUUACGUCGAGGCAAGAGAAUACUACGGAUCUAUUAUUCAUCCGAGAGCUGUCAUUACAUUGCCUCAUGAGGAAAUGCUUAUAAAAUCCCAAGAAUACACAGCUGUAGGAGGUUGCCCACAAGUAUUGAAUAUCAACAAUAAUUUCAAUUUGCAAGAAUGCCAACACAAGUCAAUUACAAAUUCAACUUUGAUUGAAUCUAAGAAUUCACCGUCAACAUUGAUCUUGAUUCUUGCAGAAGAAUUCACAAUGAACAAUAAAGUCAAUCUUAUUAAUUUGGCCAACAGUGAUAAGGAAAUAAAUAUGUUGAAUUGUUACGCUUUUGCCACGACAUAUGUAUUCAAUGAAGAUGAUACGAGCUUCGAUAAGAAUGUUUUAUUGAUGGCAGUUUACAAGGUAAGACACACUGAUGAGACAGUCAUUAUGCAUAAAGAUGAAGAUGGUGAUUUCGUCCAUGUCGAUGGUGGAGAGUCAGGAUUUGAAAGCUCAAAAUUGAGACUACGGAACAUCAGAUCAUCUCCGAUAGUAUGUGAACGUAAUGAUGCAUCCGACGACAGAAAACUCAGUUCUUAUUUACAAAUUGGAUUUCUUAACAUCGAUAUGAAUCUCAUUGAAUUAGUAGAGGAAAAAUUAGAUCUUGAAAUAGAAGAAUCAGCUAAACAUAUAUAUUAUGAUGUACCAGACAUUAACAACGCUGUUAGUCAACUCGAAUAAAAUCUACAUUGUACAAUAAAAAUAAAAAUAACCGUGUAAUUAGGACACAUGGUGUUUACUUUUUGGUAUUAUACUUAUUAUAAUAUGGUUGCAUCGAAUAACAACCACCAGUAUAUUAGUCUGGGUUUCUUUCGUCACUAUUUUUUU